CGUAAAAACAUUUAAAAAAAGUUAAAAAAGAAGCAUAAACAUAACACACAGAUCUGGCGCUUUCCACUCUCUUGUUUUAUUUCUAUUUGUAGCACAACAACACACUUCAAUUUUGUUUUUUAAUCCCCAAUCAGCAAACCCUAAUCAAAUCCAGAUUCAUUUUCUCACCCAAACAUGUCAUAAUCAAUCCCCAUUUUACCCUUCCAAAUCCAAAUCCAUGGGCUCCUCACAGUCCGUACAACUCCCCGACGACGACGAACAAGAAGACGACGACGAGGAAGAGGAGGAAGAAGAAGAAGAUGAUCAUUUACAAAGCCGUAACAGUACACGAGAAAUAAUCGACGGUAACGAUUUAAUCAAGAAAGUUCUAGAACAAGAACCUGAAAUGUUACCGUGCCACUCGUCAGCUUCUCCUCUAUCUCCGCAGCCGUCUUCGUUAGGCACGCCUCGUCUCGGUCCUUCUAUUAAAGUGUGGGACCCUUACAAUGUUCUGGCUCCGCCGCCGCCGCCUCCUCCGCCGCCGGUUUUCUUGCGGAGUUUUUCAUCGAACAGUGGGGUUUCUGUUGAUGAUGAGCAGACGGGUGCGGUGGCGUUUACGGAGGUGUAUUUGAUAAGUCAUGGGGAGUGUGAGCUGAAUUUGAGACCUGAUUUGGUUGGUGGGAGAUGUCAUGGGGCUGGUUUGACUACUAAUGGGAAACGCCAAGCUAGGGCUUUGGCUGUUUUUUUGAAUUCUCAAGGGAUUAGGUUUAAUGCAGUUUAUUCUUCGCCUUUGGAUCGCGCUAGAUUGAUGGCGGUUUCUGUUUGUCAGGAAUUGAAUUUUGCAGAGGAACAAAUACAAUUGUCGGAUGCUCUUGUAGAGAUAAGUCUGGGGCAGUGGGAGGGGUGCCCAGGUUCAGAUAUUUAUACACCUGAAGUGCUGAGCUUGAUUGAAAAUUUUCAGCCUGAUUUUUGUGCUCCGUCUGGAGAAUCACUUAGGCAGGUGGAAUUUAGGAUGGUUCAAUUCCUAAAUGGAACAGUCAUGGGCCUACCUGCAAAGUUGAGAUCAGAUUUCUCACUGCAUCAUAAUAAUGAAAACCAGGUAUAUUCUCAUGACCGAGAUUCAUCUACUUUACUGCCACAACAGUGGGAUACACUUCAUAGGCAUCGGCCAGUAUUCUCAAAGAAGAAAUCUGGUAAGAGCAGGCUACAAUAUGUGAGUACCACUGGUAAUCAUGAUGGUGAGUAUGAGACUUUGCCCGGGGAGGACGGUCAUCAAAAUUCACUGCAUGGUUUAAAUGUUAGAAGCUCAUCUUCCUCCAGCUCUCCUUGUAUUGGUGUUUUUUCUCACUCGAUUCCUAUUAAGUGCCUCGUUACAGGCCUCCUUGGUUGCAGCCCAGUGAUGGCGCAUAAAAUUUGCAUAGAAGAUUCUUCGGUAACAGUUUUGCAGCAUUCGUGGAAAACAGGUUGGCAGAUUAAGCGCUUAAAUGAUACUGCGCAUCUUAGACUUCUUUAAUUGCAGCAAGUAGAUCUCUUCAUUGCUAAUGGAACUUAUGAGUUAAAAUUGGUAUCGUGUUCAUUUCUAUACCACUUUGCAACUCGUGAAUUCUUGGUAUUUCCGCCACCCUGUUGUAUUUUUUGGCAUGUUUAUUUACAGAUUCACCACCUGCGAAAAAAGCGGAUUGGUUUUGUUUUGGAGUUGAUUGUAGCAUUUACAAGGUUUUGUCCUUAUAAUGUGAAGGAAGGUGGUGAUUUUUUGCCUGUAUAAGGAAGACAGUAAGUUAUGUAGGAUGAAGAAUUGUGAACUAGCUUUUCAUGUGUUAAUACAAUUUGGUCUGAUUCUAUCUGAAA